UCUGUGGUGCUUUGCACAGCUGGCUGCUCAGUGCUUGCAAGGUGCAGAAGCCAUCCAGCUGUUUCCUCAGGAGAAACAGUUGUCUUCUUCUGAAAAGAGGCAUUGGGGUUAGCAACCUCUUCCCACAAUCUGGAAGCAUAAAGAUCUGUAUCCAGCCUGCUUCAGUACGAAGAAAUCAGCACUGGAUUACAAGGUGAUAAAACCAGAUUGAAGCCAGUAUGUCCCUCGGUCAAGGUACUUUACUUUUGUUGGUGGCUGCUAUGGGAUCCGUGUCUGGAGGUGGACCGGCAGGAGCAGCUUAUCCUCAAAUGAAAUACAUGAAUCCAAUGGUCAAAGGACCACUGGGCCCACCUUUUAGAGAAGGGAAAGGCCAAUAUUUAGACAUGCCACCGAUUCUGGACCUUAAAGGAGAGCCAGGACCAGCUGGAAAACCUGGUCCUAGAGGACCACCUGGACAACCCGGACCACCAGGAAAACCAGGAAUAGGAAAACCUGGAUUACAAGGGCCACAAGGCCCUGCUGGUCCACCUGGAUUUUCAGGAAUUGGCAAACCAGGUUUACCAGGAAUGCCUGGCAAGGGAGGUAGCAAGGGAUUACCUGGUGCCAAAGGGGAGCCUGGAAUGAGGGGAGAUCAAGGGCCUCGUGGGAUGCCUGGUCCUCCUGGAAUUCCUGGCCCGGCAGGGAUUUCUUCUAAUGGGAAACCAGGUAUGCAAGGUGCACCAGGUCAACCAGGCCUAAGGGGUGAGCCUGGAACAAAGGGUGAACCAGGGCUAAGGGGAGAAAAGGGUAUUAAAGGAGAUGCAGGAAUCGGAAAGCCAGGUUUACCUGGGAUCCGUGGAGCUGGAGGGCCACCAGGGCCCAUGGGUCCGCCAGGGCCUCCUGGGAAUGGUAAGGCAGGGCUUAAUGGAUUACCAGGUGCAUCAGGAGACAAAGGAGAUGUAGGACCACCAGGGGCACCUGGUGUGAUUGGUCUUCCAGGCCCACAGGGCCCUCCAGGAAAACCAGGUUUAGAUGGGAUUGGCAAACCUGGUCUAGAUGGACUACCAGGUCUCCAGGGUCAUAUGGGGCCAAAAGGAGAACCAGGUUUAAGAGGUUUACCAGGUUUGUCUGGGGCGCCUGGUUAUGGAAAACCAGGUCUUCCUGGUUUAAAAGGGGACCGUGGACUUCCUGGGGCACCAGGAGGAAUUGGAGAAAAAGGAGAGCCAGGAUUAGAUGGAGAGCCUGGAAUUCAGGGACCACAGGGCAUCAUUGGGCCUCCAGGACUUCCUGGGUCAAUGGGGUUGCCAGGGAAAAAUGGUCUACCAGGUUUAAAGGGUGAUAUAGGACAAAGUGGCCAUCCUGGACUACCAGGAGUGCCAGGGAAUCAAGGCCCUAAUGGAUUAGCAGGAAAGCCAGGGUUUCCAGGGGAAAGGGGGCUUCCUGGUCCUCAGGGUCUUCAAGGUCCAACUGGACCAAAAGGCGAUGCAGGCUUAAUUGGACUCCCUGGUUUACCAGGUCACGCAGGUAGCAUAGGGUCAAAGGGGGAAAGUGGGAUUCCAGGACAACCAGGCCCACGUGGUCCAGCAGGUAUACCAGGUUUGCAAGGAUCAUCUGGCCCUAUUGGGCCUCAGGGGCUACCAGGAUUAAAAGGGGAACCUGGCGUUCCCGGAGUUCCUGGUAAAAGCAUCACUGGAGAGCCAGGGCCUACAGGGCCCAUUGGACCUGCGGGUGUUCCAGGCUCCCCUGGUUUAAAUGGUCAGCCAGGUCCACCUGGGCCUCCAGGUCCACCAGGGCCGCCUGGCCUUUAUACUGAUGGUGGCAUUGCUGGCCUUCACUUGCCAGAUGGAGGGGUGGAGGGUGCUACAGUCUUGGGGAAUGGUAAACCUGGAAAGCCACAGUAUGGGACUGGAGAAUUGUCUGCCAAAAUAGCUCCAGCAUUUACUGCCAUCCUUACCACGCCAUUCCCACCUUCUGGUAUGCCUAUCAAGUUUGACAGGACUUUGUACAAUGGCCAAAAUGGUUACAAUCCACUGACUGGGAUAUUCACCUGUCCUCUGCCUGGAGUCUAUUACUUUGCGUAUCAUGUUCACAUGAAAGGCACCAACAUCUGGGUUGCCUUGUACAAGAACAAUGUACCUGCUACCUAUACUUAUGAUGAAUAUAAAAAAGGAUACAUGGACCAAGCUUCUGGGAGUGCAGUACUCGAACUGAAAGAAAAUGACCAGGUUUGGAUUCAGAUGCCAUCAGACCAAGCUAAUGGAUUAUAUUCAACAGAGUAUAUUCACUCUUCUUUCUCUGGCUUCCUCCUAUGUCCUACAUAAUGGACAUGAGACAUGGUACCCAUCUUUAGUCAUAAACUGCCUUUAAAAAGUAACAUGCAAAACAAACAAAAAAAUCUAUGUAUCCUUCUUUAUCUACUGGGGAUAAAAGCACAGAAGUGAAAUGAAUAUUUUUUCUGUUGAGAAAAGCGUACAAGAAAUAGGAAACAACAAUAUUUUUCAGCAAUAUUUCUCAACAUAAUUUGCAAUACGUCACGUUAUUACCAAGUGGCAAGUGAAACAGAACUGUGGGAUUGUGCCUUAAUUGCACUAACCUUCAGGUUACAACUCAUUUCAAAGAGUUUUGAACUCAACUGAAAGAAUUCCCCAGUUUGUGUCUUUUAAUUUUAUUUUUUAAUGUUUUGUUUGAGUAAUUUAUCUGUAUCUGCUAUGUUGCUACUCAGUAGUAUUCUAGUUUUAAAAACACUGCACCUAAGUAUUAUGAGGAUGUUGUACAGUUAGUAAUGGUUUCUAAUUUCCAUGACAACUGUUUAUUGAGAAAGGCAUCAGACAGUACUAGGGAUAUCUAGAACUUUUUUGGAAUUAUUGGAUUUUUUUAAUACAAUAUAUAUAUAUAUUUAUAUAUUGUCAUACACCAGCCUCCUGCUCAAAAGUAUUCUAGAAAACAGAAUGUCAGUAAGACAUCUAAAAUUAUUUUAAUAUGUGAAGCAUCAUAAAAAUCAAUUUCUUAAUUUUAUGUAAGGAAACAACCAUGCUUUUUUACACAAUUGGUGGUUCCAUUGGAACCCAAAAGCAGUAAUUGUCAUAAAUAUCCAUAAUAAUACAAGUAACUCAAGUAUAAUAGAUUACGCUGUUAUUUUUGU